AUGGGCAGCCGCCCGUCUUUCUCCUCGGCCACGUGCCUCCCCGCGCGCCCGCCGCCAACGACGCCGCCUCUCCGGGCGCCGGAGGCGGCCCCGCGGCAGCCGCUGCUGCUGUCGCGGGCGCGGAUGGGGAGCGCGUCCCGGUGCCGCUGUGCGCAGAGCCUCUUUCACGCGCGCUUUUGCGAAACAGGCGCGGCCGGGGUGCGCGUGCUGUCUGGUGCUCUGCUCGGCGGCACGCUGGACUACUCAGUCGCUCCAAUCGGGCUCUGGCUGCGCACCGAACGAGCCAUCUACCGCUGCCUCGAAGCGGCGCCGUCGUACGCGCCUCGCUGUCGCCCUCCCGGCGGUUCGCCUUCGGUGCCGCUGCCCGAAGCGAGCGCGAUCGGCUUGCUCCACCUCUUCGAGCACACGGGGGGCGGCCUCGAGCAGCCCUUCCAGUCCAAGAAGCGCGCCGCGUUCCCCAUACUCCGCCUCCGCGCCUACGAGGUCGUGGCCAGCGCCGUGCCGCAAUCGGCCGGGCCGAACGAUGUGGAGGUGACGCGGCUGAUGGUCGCUCUUUCUGCCAAGGCACGCCACACCGCCACGGCGCCGUGGAACCUUGCGCGUUGGGUGAUGGCCGUGCAGCGCUGUGCCGCGGCGGCGCCGAGCUACUUCACGCCGCACGGUGGUUCGAUGGUCUCUCUUGGCGUCGGCGCGCCGCCAGCGGGCUCCUCUGCGCCGCCGGUUGCGAGCACCACUCCCGCCGAACCGGCCGCCACGCCCGCGCCCACCAUUCAAGGGGCGGUGGCGAGCGGUGGUCCGGGGAUGGCAACGGCCCGGUCCGGCGACGCGGACGCGCGGACGAAGGCGCUCGAGGCGGACCUCUUCGGCGACAUUGACGAUUUGUGA